UAACUCCAGCAUGCGCACACGACCGAGGCCACCGCCGCCCAAGCUACACCUGAAGAUCGCAAUGCGUCCAAGUUCCCCAAUAGUGUCGCAUUUCUCUGGCAAGCUCACCAGCCAGGUGCGGAGAGUCUUGCCGGCGUAUCUUGCUUUAAUCUUUCUCUUCUUGUUCUUCGCCCACACCGAGUUCUUCACCACUCCUAUUCGGGCUGCGAGCAGAUACAAACGCGAGCUUAAAUACCAGCAGCCCCUGCAAGCCGCAGGCUCAGUUAUACCCAGGAAGAUCUGGCAGACGUGGAAGGUCGGUCCUCUAGGCUUUGAGCAGCGCGACUCGGAUUCGGCAAAGACCUGGCCUGCAAAGAACCCCACGUACCGCUACGAGGUGUUGACAGACGACAACGCAAACGAAUACCUCGAGUGGCACUAUGGCUCCCAUGGCUUUGGCAGGAAAGAUCUCGUCGAUCUUUACAAAGAGCUCAACAUUACCAUUAUAAAGGCCGAUCUGCUCCGCUACCUUGUCAUGUACGCCGAAGGUGGUGUGUAUGCCGACAUUGACGUCGAGUGCCUACGACCGAUCAAUCGCUUCAUCCCCGAAAGAUACAACGAGCCAGAUAUCGACAUGAUCAUUGGUGUAGAGAUCGAUGAGCCUACAUUUGCCGACCACGAGAUUCUUGGGGGCAAGUGCAAGUCGUUUUGCCAAUGGACUUUUGCUGCUAAGCCGAGGCUUCCGGUCAUGAUGAGGCUCAUCGAGAACAUACAAGACUGGAUACAUCAGCUAGCCAAAGAGAAAGACGUGCCCAUAUCUCAGCUUCAACUGGAUUUCGACGAAGUCAUCGGUGGUACGGGACCGUCGGCGUUUACCAAGGCUGUAUUGCAACAAAUGACAGCACAGAACAACGGAAAUCCAGUGACUUGGGAUCUCUUCCAUAACCUGGCCGAAUCCAGGCUCGUCAACGGAAUCCUCGUACUCAAUGUUGAAGCCUUUGCAGCGGGUCAAGGACAUUCCGACUCCGGUAACCACGACUCCAGAGGCGCGCUAGUCAAGCACCACUACCAUGCCUCGGGCUGGCCAGCUCUCCAUCCCCGCCGGAACCACCCCAUGUAUGGCGAGGUAGAGCACUGCAACUGGAAACGGGAAUGCGUAGACGAAUGGGACAAGAACGUUGCUGAAUGGGAUACGCUAUCCAAAGAAGAACAAGAGAAGCGGCUUGCUAGUAAACCGGCCCCGCCUACAGUACCGAGGCAAGCAUUGGGAGUCUGAGGCACAUGACCGAUCAUAUUACAUAGCCCAUGCAUCGUCUCGUGCCAGGCCCCGGCACGCCCGGAAGUGGAAGGUCGCGUUAAUGUUGGCGGAUGACCGUGGUUAGCUCCAUGGCUGUAGUCGGUAUCCGGACGGGUCAUCUCCCUAGAGAGGAGAUGGCUUCUUGGCGGGUUGCGCGUCGUUUGUCGUGAAUCAUUGAUAGACGCUUACGCCAAAGUCCGUGUUUGUGAGAGGGUGAUGGAGGGGUCUGCGAGUCGAGGUAAAUGAGAUUAGCGCAUGACGUAAUGAACUGAUACCACCCAACCGUGGCUACAUUGCUUCUACUAUCUAUUACUCUAACACUUGUGAAUGAGGACUCUGAUUGCAUACA